AUGGACGACACACACUCGUGGAGGGCGACGGCUGUGGGCAAUACGCCACUAGAACGGACAAUUGAUGCGAUCGGUAUGGGACGGUACCAGUACGCGGUACUCGUGCUGAGUGGGUGCGGGUGGGCAGCCGACAACAUGUGGCUCCAGGGCGUUGCGAUCGUCCUGCCGAGGGUCCAGGAUGAGUUCGGAAUUUCGGACAAGUGGAUCGGCCUGCUGAGCAGCAGCACAUUUGCGGGUAUGAUGCUCGGUGCCGUAGCUUGGGGCAGCUACUCGGAUAUGUUUGGUCGGAAGAACGCCUUUAACGCCACGCUGCUCAUCACGGCCGUGUUUGGCCUCUUCUCGUCGUUUGCCCCCUCUUUUCCGACGCUGUGCUUGAGCCUCUUCCUCCUUGGCACGGGCGUGGGCGGCAGCAUGCCCACCGACGGCACCAUCUUUCUCGAAUCUCUGCCCCAGAGGAAACACUACCUCCUCACGGCUCUCUCCGUAUUCUUUGCCGCCGGCAGCGUAGUGUCAUCAUUUUUGGGCCUCGUCAUCGUUCCAUCGAGGUCCUGUUCCUCGUCGCAUCCAGCAUGCGACCCGCAAGACAACAAGGGCUGGCGCUGGCUCCUCACCAGCCUGGGUCUGCUCACCGUUACCUUUGUCAUCCUCCGCGUCGUCUUCUUUCGGCUUUUCGAGAGCGCAAAGUUCCUUGUUGCUGCUGGCAAGCACGAGGAGGCCAGGCAUGUGCUGCAGAGGAUCGCCGACUUCAACGGACAGCCUCUUGGAGUCAGACUGAGCGACGUAAGGGACCAGGCCGAUGGAGAAGACGCUGGAGUGACGAGGGAAACGCAGAGGCCUUCGCUGUUCAAGAGGCUCACCUCAUCAAGAACGACCAGAACACUCUUCCGCUCGGGAUCUACAGCAACCUAUUCGGGCUUGCCACAGCACCCUUCGUCGCACGAGGGACCCGGUGACACUGACGAUGAAAUCAGAGGUCCGUCUGGUGACGAGGAGCCGCAUAGACGUCAAAGGCAUACUUCAAGAGAUGCGACGGAGGGAGAAGGAGUGAUGGAUUGGCCCGCCUCACUCGGCUUCGUUCCCAGAUCGUGGCGCAAGGGCCUCUGGGAUGCCGGGCAGCGCUACGCCGAUCUCUUCACGCCCGAAUGGAAGCGGACGACAGUCCUUGUCUGGUCGAUCUGGACCAUAUUCACCCUGGCCUACACGAUGGUCAAUGUGUUUCUUCCAAAAUACCUAGAGAGGCGUGUUGGAAGAGGAAGCGAUGGCGCUGGGCAGCCCGGCCAGCCAAGCUCGGGAGAGUCACGCCAAGACGCGAUUCGCUCCGUCAUGGAGGACUUUCUCCUGUACUCGCUCGCCUCGAUUCCUGGGUCGCUGAUGGGCGCCUACCUCAUCGAAACAUUCCUUGGCCGCAUCAAAUCGAUGGCACUCAGCAGCUCAUUCCUCGCGUUGAGCCUCCUCGCAUUCGCCCUUGCUCCCCCUUCGUCAUCGCCGACAUGGACAAUCGCGAGCAGUUGCGCCAUCAGCCUGUCGGCUGCGACGGCCUACGCCGUCAUCUACUCAUACAGCCCCGAAGUUUUCCCCACUGCCUUGCGAGGUACCGCCAGCGGCACAGCAUCAGCCCUCAGCAGGCUCGCCGGCAUCGUAGCCCCUCUCCUGGCAGGAGCGCUCAUGGACACUGUCGAUGAGAAUGCGCCCCUGUACCUUGGCUUUGCACUCUUUGGCUUCUCCGUCUGUCUGAUGCUCAACUUGCCCAUCGAGACAAAGGGCAGGGCGACCGAGGCGGCUGUGGAGACGGUGGGCGGGGAGGGCGAUGACGACUACGGACAGGACGCGGACGAAACAGCAACACCAAGAUAG